AAUUCGAAGCGAGUGAUUGGAAAUUGUAAAAUAUAAUGGCACGAGAUUACAAAACUUUCAGCCCGAAAGGGACGUUCGGUUUUCGGAUUAAACGGGUUCAGCAUAACCGAAGCAAACUAAGGUGGAACGAAAUGCAACUGUGAACGUUCGCAACGCGAUCGAAAAGUCUGAUUAAAGUUUUAUUAAAGUAGGAGCCAUGACGCGAUCGAAACUUCCGAGCUUUCUCUUAACGAUGUGGUUGCUCGGUACGAUUGCAACUAAAUCGAGAGUGAGCGAUUUUCUGGAAAGCUUGCGGGAGUACGAGAUCGUUUAUCCGCGCAUAAUCCCGAAGGAAAACGAGCGGAACAGACGAUCGAUCGUCCAAGAGGAGAACGGUGAUCUCGAGGAGCCGGUAUUCAUCGAGAUCAGCAAUUGGACGUUGAAAACGAUCGCGACCAAUCGUCUGACACUUUCGUCGAAUUUCACGGUGGAUUGGGUGCACUCGACCGAGGCGAGAUCCACGAGUCAUCGAUCGAAAUUGGGCUGUAAUCAUAGACGCGGUAGUUUGGAGGGUGGGAAACGAUCUUUGGUGAUCGCGACCCUCUGCAACCAAGAAAUGUACGUUCUGAUGUUGACGGAUCGAAAAUCAUUUUUCGUUCAGCCUUUAACGAAUGGCCAACACGUCAUGUACGAGUCGCAGUAUGCUAGUUGGUGGUCCUACAGAGAUACUCCGGACAUUGUCUCGGUGAAACGAGAAAAUCCUACUACUCGAAAACGAGAUAAGAAAUUUAAACGAACGAGGCGCGAUUCUCUGAACGAAUACGUUCAAGAUUUCUACAAUCUAUCGGGUGAUGUUUUUAACAUGGAAUAUCCGGAAGCCGAAAAACUGAUUUUGUACGACGAACGGGAUGAUGAAACACCGACAAAAUAUAACGAUACCAUAACGGAACAACUACCGAUCGAUAUGGAUUCCGAGGAUCUUGAUUAUUUUUCGGGUCCCCAGUGGCGAAGGAAUAAAAUACCAAGAAAGAAGAUUAACGGCAAAAAAGAAUCGUCGCCACCACGAUGGCUGGAAAUCGGAAUAGCCGCCGAUUAUUCCGUAGUAAAUUUUCAUGGAAUACGAGUGCAACAAUACAUCCUGGCUCUUUUGAACAUUGUGAGUGCAAUUUACAUGGACCCAUCGCUCGAGUCAAACAUGGUCUUGGUGGUAGCGCGAAUGAUAUUAUACGCGGAAAAACGAGACAGUAUGGUCCGUCGUGGCGAUGCCAGACGGUCUCUCGAGAACGUGAACAAAUGGAACAAGAAAAUGCUGUCUUUGGCGAACGUAAACCACGAUGUAGCUAUAUGGUUGACGCGUUUAGACAUCGGAGGUCCCUCUGGAUACGCACCCGUGUCCGGAGUAUGCGAUCCCGCGAGAUCAUGCGCCUUGAAUCGAGACGAAGGCUUAACCAGCGCAUUUAUCAUCGCACACGAGCUCGCGCAUAUUCUAGGUCUGACUCACGACGGCGACGAGUCUACCGGAAACGCCUGCAACGCAGAAGGAUCCCGAGGAAGCGUGAUGGCCCCUAUGGUGGCCGCCACGUUUCACCACUUUUAUUGGUCCAGUUGCUCCAAGAGAGAGUUUCACCGCAGAGUCAGACGGUGGUCUUGUUUGUUGAACAAACCGAAACACGACAUUUACACGCCCCUGAAACCCUCCGUUCGCGAAACCUUUACGAUGGACGAGCAAUGUCGGAUGGAAUUUGGCGAUGGAUACGAACUUUGCAAGAGUUUCGUCGUUGUGGAGCCGUGUUCUCACUUAUGGUGCGGCAAUAGCAAUAUCUCUCAAACAUGCAAGACCAAGAAGGGACCACCUUUGGAAGGCACGUUAUGCGGUGUCUCCAAGUGGUGCAUGAACGGUCGAUGCCGAUUCGCGAAUAAAGAAAACAUCGAUUUGGGAAUAGUAUUGAAUAAACCCAGAGACGGGGGUUGGAGUUCAUGGACUGGCUGGGACAAGUGUUCGAGGAGCUGCGGAAUAGGAGUCCAAUGUCGAACACGAAAAUGUAACAAACCGCUGCCUGGCUACGGUGGCAAGUAUUGUUCAGGAGCCAACGACGAUUGCAGGAUUUGCAAUCUACCGAAAUGUUCCACGUCGAUCGACCUCAGAGCGCAACAAUGUUCCAAACUGGGCAAUGUUUUCACUCUUGAACGAACCCAUUCGAAGAACGAUGUGACUUGGCUACCGCACGAACCCGAUCAGAAAAACUUGAAAUGUCAAUUAGUUUGCAGGGCCAAAGAGACGGGCGAAAUAUUUUACUCGAGGAAAAAUUUGAUCAACGGUACACCGUGCUCUUACGGAUCCACGGAUAUAUGCAUACAGGGCGAGUGCCAUAAACGAGGAUGCGACAAUGUCUUGGGUUCGAUGAAAGCCUUUGACAUGUGUGGAGUAUGCGACGGGGACAAUUCAACCUGCGAGAACGUAAUCAGCAAGUUUCAGCGAAAGCUUCGUCGAGAAGUAACGCGCGUCGCUGUGAUACCUAGAGAUGCUCACAAUUUCUUUAUGAAUAUCACGGUACUCGGUACCUCGUCAACCCAUCGAGACAAUUUAACGAUCGUGAUAGGGGAUGGACGAAGAAGAAGAAGAAACGUGCAAGAUAAUUUCAGCCCCCAUAAACGGGACUCGAUGAUCGUACAGGGUGGUGCGUUUCGAAUUGAGAAACGCGAUACUCGUAACUCGUACUUUGUAAAAGCAGCUGGUACCGCGUCCGAAGACGUGGUCAUUUUGCUCUUGGUACCAGAAACUAUCGCGAAGCACGGGAUGAUAUCGGUUGCAGUUGCCUUGCAAUAUUCAUUGAAUCGCGACGAAAAUAAUGGAAAGAACAGAUACGUUUGGUUAUUUGGCAGUUGGAGCUUUUGUUCGGCGAGCUGUGGCGGCGGAACGCGUCAAAAAACGAUACUCUGUAAAGACGAGGAAACUGGAAGAAUAGUUUCACGAAGGAAAUGCCCAUUGACGACGAAACCGAAUCAGCAGAUCGAGAAAUGCAACGUUUUCAGAUGCAGUUUCAAAUGGCUACUGGGUCCGUGGGAAGGAUGCUCGGCUACGUGUGGAACUUUUGGUAUUCAAUCGCGACAGCUUUAUUGCAUGCAAUCCGAGUUCAACGGGACAGACGUGAACAAAAAUAAUGAAUUGGAAAUUUAUCGAACGAUGGUACAGCCGCCGUCCAUAUGUAAAACCAGUUCUAUGCCUAUUAAUAAAAGAGAAUGCAAUAGGGUUCCCUGUCCCGGACGUUGGAUUUUUACGGAUUGGUCUUUGUGCUCAAAGAGUAACGUAAAAGGCAUACAAUCUCGGAUAGCUAGAUGUAUCCCUCCGGAUAAAGAAUCGUUCUACGCUUGCAACGGGUCUACGGUAAAGACUGAAAUACGUCCUUGCAAUGGACACGUAACCAGGGCCAUACAAUUUCCAUCCCGUUGCUGGCGAGACAAGAAUCGAUUCUGUUCUAUACCGAGCCUGAAACGCUAUUGCAACAUCCCGGGAUUCAGGAGAAGAUGUUGUCGGUCUUGCGAGACGAACAAACACCCGGAUUUACCGGCGACCAUCUUCGAUUCCAAGCAUCGCGGCGGUCUACGGACUUUACCAGUUUACUUACCAACCAUACCGAUACAUUAACGAUUUACCAAAACGAAUUUUAAUCAAACUGAACGACUUGACUUACGUUGCAGGAUAAAUACCGAAGGGAAGAUGGUAGUAUGGAACUUUCCUGCCUACGUCAUCGAUCGUAUCACUUUAUUCUUAUUUCUUUGAAUAAUCAUCACUAAACCUCGGACGUAACGUUUCAUUAUUUUUACCUGGAAACAAAAUAACAGAACAUCGUCACGGUAAUUCGACAAAUUUCCCGAUCAGUAUAUGUAUAUGUAUGUAUUAUGUAUAUGUAUACAUAUGUAGUACUUGUUUAUACAAUUUUGUUCCUUACGUUAUACGAAUGUAUACGUGUAUGUAUUUAUUUAGAAAUUAUAGACGUUUAACAAAUAUCAUUUUCAGCGUAGUUACCUUCUUUCACGCACAAUCAUCGAAACAUUAACGAUAAUACAUUACACACGAUGAUAUUGUAUGUAUGUAUGUAUGUAUGUAUGUACUGAAACAAAUUUUCUUUAAAUAUUACAAUAAAUAUGUAUUUUACUAUCGACUUUCGUUAACUUAAUCAGAAUCUUACGCGAAUCUUAUAACAGAAAUAUUUCUUUACUCGAAUAGAAAAUUCAAUUUUACUCUCGACGAAUCGUUCAUUUCUACGCAUGGAGGAUUGUCGUAUAGGUGGGUAAGUACUUGUACAUAAGUAAGUAUGUACUUUGCUACCUACGAGACUUUCGAACCAAAUUUACGAAAAGGUAUCAUCUUCCAUAUUAUCAUAUUCUCUUCUGUCUAUUAUUGGAAGCUGUUUGCAACGAGCACAGAAACAUGGUCGAAAAAUCGAAAUGUACAAAUUCGCGCUAUGUAGAUUACAUAUUAUACUUGGCCAAAAUCAGCCAAGAUAUGCACGUAACGUAAGAUAUGUAUCUACGCAAGUAUCCCACCGAUCCUUUCACAAUUACAGAUAGACCACGUAACAAGAAACAAAAUUAUUUUAUUAUACAUUAGUCGCUUCUCGUUCGUUUCUAAACUUUCUACAUACAUACAUACAUAUGUAACGUACAAUAAAAGAGAGAAUAUAAUUUCAUGUUCGUGAUCCGAUGAAUAGAAAAUGUGGAAUAACCUUUUAUUACUAACCUGUCGUUUUCUUAUCAACACUGCUACCUGCUAUUUUGUAGAAAAAUGCUUGUUGGAAGGUGUCAGAACAUGUCAAGACAUGUCGCGAAUUUUAUUCGACCGUUGAACAAGUUCUUUGGCGCGUAUGCAAUUGCGCGAUUGUGAUUCGACCAAGUCUCUCAUUGGUUGUCUAUUUCGAAAAAAUUUCUUAUUGGUUCUGGUAUGCCAACCAAGUUGCCGCUCUUUACAAUUUGCGGGAAAAUAAUAGUUAUGGCGGCAAUUUGCUCUUUAGAAUUUGCGGGAAAACAAUGGUUGGAUGCUAAUUUCCAAGUGAUUUUUAACGAUUCCUGUUUCCGAUUCCGAUCCGAAAAUACGACGGUCGCCAGAACCUAUCUAAGUAUGUACGUGUAACCAUUAUUAUACAAAAUUACGAAAAUUGUUCAACUUAUACUUUUUUCUACAGGCAUACGUAUUGCACCGUACUAAAUAUUAUUAUUCCUUCCUGUUAGCUUUACGAGUCAUCUGUAAUUGUGAAAAAGCUCUGCGGAUCAAAGAUCGAUAUUGAACAAGUACUGGAAUCGUCUGCUCCUGAUUAAAAGCUCGUACGUUUUAGUUGAACGUUGGUGUAAAGAAGAACUUGGACGACUGAUCGUAAUAGAAACGAUUGAUUAUUAGCCGCGCUCGUUGGAUUAAUGCCCUUACUACGUAAGUAUGUAUGUAUGUAUGUAUGUAUGUAUGUACGUACUUAUUGUUUUUCCUUUUCGUUCUACAAAGUUCUACGAUAGUAAUUAGUAUUGUCUGUUUUCCAAAUGGAUUCGCGUUAGUUUUUUUUGUCCCCCAAGAUCAGGAAUAGGUUAUCUAUCGUGUAACGUCAUAGCGGAACACGUUCUCAAAUCGUUUUCUGAUCGUAGCAUUUCCGUGACAUCGGUGAAAAUCUUUUAAUUCGUUACGAUUAAUAUGGACACACGACUCGGUUGUAAACCUUACGUGUGUAUUUCUUUAACACGUGCAUAGAUAAUUACGCCGUUAAAUACAUCUACGAUUACAGUUUUAUGUAUUACAACUAUAAAUAAUAGAUAUACAAAUGUAUACCCUCUAUACAUUAUAUAAUUUAUAUGUAUAAUUCAUAUAUAACUCUGGAUACAAAUAAUGUUUACAAAAAUAUUAAUUUGGGAAGGCAAACUUUCAAUUAUAAAUCGCUUACUCUUGGAUAUUCGCGAAUCUAACCAUCAGCACGGUUGAUUUAUCUACAAUACCAAACGCAGAAGGAAACAUGUUCCUUGAAUUCAAAUCACGCUCGUGUUACAUUUUUUCUUUCUUUCUUAUUUUUUUUCUUUUUAAACGAAAACCUCUUGAUUCGGUACAAUCUUGAGAAAAGUAUAUCUUCUUUCCGAUAGAUUGGAAUAGUUUCUAGGUUCGAUCGUGAACUCUGGUUCCAAGAUAGAACGCUCUAAACCUUUGCAUCUUUGGCUCGUCGUAAACUUACAAUUAGACAAUAUAAAUAUCCAGUUUCACUAACGAUGAAGAAACUUAUUCCUUAGAUUGGUUCCAUUUAUGACUAAAUUCGGAUCCUUUGGUGAUUCGGAGGCUCGAUCGAACAAUUUUUGGAUCAUAUUACGUGAAACAUUUGUUCGCUGGUCGUUAUUAAUGCCGUUUGAUCAAAAGUAUAGGGAGUUUGUCGCAAUUUAAUUUAACUUUAUUCCAAAGUAAACAUUACUCGCGUCGCUCUCAUUCUCAGGAGCUGAUAAUUUUUUAUCCAAACAUUAUGUACUUGAAAACCAUGACAUUUUUAUGUACGGUUUCUAGCUGUAAAAAUACAACUCCAAGUUGCUAUCGAUCCGAGACAUCCGUUUGCAUUUUCUUUAGAGAUUUUCAACUAUGAACGCUCGUUCCUGAUAUUCAUAUUAACGAUACGCAGCAAGAGUAUCGAGUCGAAAAAUACCAUUUACAUUGGAAUAGUCCAAUAUAUGU